UGUGCCUCUGCUACUUAUUGAUACCUGCGGGCAGCGUGUAACCGGUGUGACGUCAUCAUCACGACUCCUUAACCCCGCCCCCUGCCGCCUAAGGGUGAUCAUAACAAUAACAACGUGCGCGCCCGACCGCUUGACUGGCUCUGUGUGAGGAGCAAAUCCUUUUCUGUACCAAAGAAAUGGUGAUGGAGAAGCCAAGUCCCCUGCUUGUAGGGCGGGAGUUCGUGAGACAGUAUUACACACUUCUAAACAAAGCUCCAGACUUUUUGCACAGGUUUUAUGGAAGAAAUUCUUCGUAUGUUCAUGGGGGACUGGAUGCUAGUGGGAAGCCCCAGGAUGCAGUUUAUGGCCAAGCAGAAAUUCACAAAAUGGUUAUGUCCCUCCAAUUCAGCGAAUGUCGCACAAAAAUUAGACAUGUGGAUGCACAUGCUACUUUGAGUGAUGGCGUUGUUGUGCAAGUCAUGGGUGAACUGUCAAAUAAUGGACAACCAAUGAGAAAGUUUAUGCAAACCUUUGUUCUUGCUCCAGAAGGGUCUGUUCCAAACAAAUUUUAUGUUCAUAAUGACAUCUGCUAUGAGGAUGAGGUUUUUGGUGAUUCAGAAGCAGAACUGGAUGAAGAAUCUGAAGAAGAAGUAGAAGAAGAAGAACAAGAGGAAAGGCAGCCAUCCCCAGAACCAGUACAAGAGAACACAAACUCCUCUUACUAUGAUGCUCACCCUGUCACCAAUGGCAUAGAAGAAACUUUGGAAGAACCAAUCGUUGAGCCUGAGCCUGAACCAGAGCCAGAAUUAAAAAGUGAGGAGCUAAAACCAGAGACUGAAGAGAAAGUUGAGGAGCCAGAGGAAAAACCACCAACACCACCACCUGUAGAGCCAAUCCUUUUGCCCCAAGAGCCACCAAAGGCCUUUUCCUGGGCGUCAGUGACCAGUAAAAACCUUCCUCCAAGUGGUACUGUCCCAUCAUCAGGAAUUUCACCCCAUGUAAUUAAAGCUCCAGCCUCACAGGUAAGAACUGAAAAUAAGCCUGAUGCACAAGCUCAGUCCCCUCGUGUGAGAGAUCAGCGCCCUCGAGACAGACCAAGUUUUCAACCAAGAGGCUCAAGACCAGGUCGUGAUUCAGAACAAGGAGAAUCUGAAAAUAGACGCAUGUUUCGCUACCCAGAUAGUCAUCAGCUUUUUGUGGGAAAUUUACCACAUGAUAUUGAUGAAAGUGAACUGAAGGAGUUUUUCAUGAGUUAUGGAAAUGUAAUGGAACUAAGAAUCAAUACCAAAGGUGUUGGAGGAAAAUUGCCAAACUUUGGCUUUGUGGUUUUUGAUGACUCGGAACCAGUCCAGCGGAUUUUACUUGCAAAACCAAUAAUGUUUCGUGGAGAAGUGCGUUUGAAUGUUGAAGAGAAAAAAACAAGAGCCGCACGUGAGAGGGAAACUCGUGGAGAUGAUCGGAGAGAUGUACGCCGUAAUGAUAGGGGACCAGGUGGCCCUCGUGGCAUAAUUGGUGGAGGAAUGAUGCGUGAAAGGGAUGGGAGAGGUCCCCCACCUCGAGGUGGAAUGGCGCAAAAGAUAGGAACUGGAAGAGGAACCACACCCAUGGAAGGCCGUUUCACAGCUCAACGCCGCUGAAAUGUUAUUAAAACAAAGUCAAACCUACUUGACACAUUAAUCGUCGUGUUUGCAUUCUUGUUAAUUUUUAGCUUUGGAAUGUGACACAGCCUUUUUCUUCCCCUCAUUUCUUUGAUGUGGAAAAAACAGCAUUUUUUUUUUUUUUUUUUAAGUUGAGGUGAACUUUCUUUUCCCCAGUUUCAGAACAGAAUUUAAACUGUUAUACAUCCCAUUUUUGGAAAUUUGACUGAAAUGACCAUUAGCACUGCAAGUAAUCAGACUUUGAAAGGACAUAGUAAAAAAAAAAAAUCUGUAUUGAAACCCUUCCACUGCGCAUGUUGCUUGUAUUAUGGUUUCUUCGUUGGAAACAGCAGUGCAACGUGUGCCUUCUCCCAAGCCCUUCACAAUGCUUCCCUUACAGUGGAAAUCAGUGUGCUCCUCAAAAUGCACUAACUGUGUCCUCUUGUCACAUAUGUAAAAAAACAAAACAGAAAAUAGUCACUAGGUUGUUAAUGGCAUCUGGUUUGCCUGCCAACCUUAACAUUUUGUACACAAGCAAGUGUUGGUAGAAGUGAAUACUCCAGAAGUGUUCUUAGUUCUGAACUAAACCUGAUCCAGUACUUCAGAUAUGAUUGAAUCUACUAGCCCUUUUUUUUUUUUUUUUUUUUAUGUAAAUGAAGAUUUUUUUUUUUUUGUUUGCACUUGCCCUUCUGAGAUAGAGAUGGCUGGCUGCUUAACCUACUCCGCCCUUUAAAACCUUUUCAGCUUUGUACAGUAACAAUUCGUACUUUAUUGUAUUUUAGUUUUCUGGUAAUGUAAUAAGCAUGAUGGUGCCUUCUAUUAAUACAUCAUUCCAGUCCUUGCUGGUGAUUUUGUACAGUGAAUGAAUUACUGUGCUGCAAAGCCAAACCGCUUCAAUACAUUCAAGAAUCAUUGAGACGCCUGCCUAACCAAACUGCAGUAUCUGUACAUUGGUCUGUUAGAGUUUCUGUAUUUGCUGUGGUUCACCUUAAUCUCAUUGGUAUUUGUUUACCAAUAGUGGGGGGAUACUGUUUGUGGGAGCAAGUAGUGGCUAUGUCUGUAUCUUUCAAGCCCUUACUGUAUCUCCUUAAAAGUGCAUCAAGUGGAGAAUAUGUACAUGGUGCUCCGCAAAUGUCCAGUUGCACAGUUCUAUUAACUUAUUGAAGUUCUAUUGGACUUGGAAGCAGAGGAUCUACUACAGUGCUCAAUGAAGGGAUGAACAGCUCUAAGUGUCUGCACUUUACACUUAUACAGGGUUCUUUUUACUUGCGAUUAUUAGUAUUUUAUUUUUUUUGCACAACUUUGAAAACUAACCAGAAACCACCCUUCUGUCUCUGAGGAAGUUGUGAGGAUUCAUAUAUAUUUUUUUUUUUACAGCUAGUCUCCUCAAAUGGUCUCCUGAAAUGCACCAUUUUAGGACUAUUGUCUCUCUACAUUCCAGUACACUGCAAAUGUAAAAGAAAAUACUGACCAGCCUCGCUCAGAAGGGAAGUGUGUACACUUAAAGCUGCAUCUGGAAGUAUAGGAGACCUCAUUCUUCUGAAAUCAAAUCUACGUGCAUAGAUGCACAUGGAGUAACAUGCUGCUUUUGACUUAUGCAACUGUUUUCUGAGCCUCUUCUAAAACUGUGCACAAAGGUAUUUUUUUUUUUCCAGUUUGCUAGGCAAAAUAAGACUCGUACUAUUUUUUUCUCCUCCCCCCCCCCCCCCCUCCUUUCAGUAGAGGUCUUCUGUGUUUUUAUGGCAAGUCUUGCACUAUUUCAUACAUUUCUGGGACACAGAUUUCUCAUUGUUAUUAUUUUAUAUAUACAUACAUAUAUAUUUUGUGUUUAUAAAAGUUCUACAUUUGCAAUCUGUUACCUGGAAGUAUUUUACUUGAAUUCCCUAGCUUACAACAAAUAUUGGGACUAGUUUUUAUUCUCAUUCCAAUUUAGCUAUGGAUGUUUGCCAGAUUUUUAUUUUUUUGCUGUUCAAACCCUGCCAUCAUCUGAACUGUGUAAUGGCAAAUGGAGCUGGGACUAAGUAAAGUGUAAAAUAUGAUUCUAGUGGAGCAUCAGAGCCAUUAAGCUUUAGAGUCUGCUUCAAUAUUUUUUUGUUUGUUUUUUUUAAAUACCACAAAUAAACAUGUGAACAUCUGAGUUGUUUACCUGGUGAUCACCUACUUUACUGUGUACAUUUAAGUGUUUAUUGUCCUGAUUUUUCAGUAAAUGUACCUCAUACAACAUUGUGGCAAUUUCCCUUUAGUUAUUGUUUAGAUGUUUUGUUUGAUAUUGACUUAUCAUUGCACUUCCUAUUCAACACAUUUGCCGUACCAUAUUUGAUCAUUUUGAUAUUGAAGGCGGUGAAUGGUUUACCAUCUUCAUUGCUGUAAUGAGUUGAACAUUAUAUGCCAGUAGAAGUUAGUAGCUUUUUGCAGAUGGAAAGAAUUUCUUCAGUUUCCUUAUUUUUGAAUGUGUUCAAAAUUAACAUUAAAAUAAACUACUGAUGUGUACAGCAUUGCCAAUCUCCUAAA